ACAACAAAUAAAGGAUUAACUCGUUCAUCAUAAUUCAUAAACACAUAACAGAAAGCCAAGGAAUUGAAGAAAAUGGGGAGAGUGUCAAUUAACCUUGUUGUUAUUGCUGUUUUAGCAAUGCUCUGUGCUACAACAGCUCCUGUGCUUGGAAGGGUGGGAACAACUUCUUCUGAAGAAAAGCAAUUGGCAGUUGGAUAUAAACUCAUGUUAGAAGAAAUGGAGGCAAUAAAGAAGGCCCAACAAAAUAUAUAUCAAAACCAGAAAAUAAAGAUGAUGAAUUCACUACCAAUCAAUAUUGUUGAAUCGUCUAGGGAGGAAGCUGUGCGGUAUAUUCCGUGUGAGGUGCAAGGCAGUUACUGUAACUUUAUUUUUGGAUUGAAUUGUUGUUCUAGUUAUUUUGCAUGUGUGCCAAUGGGUGUUCUUGGUGGUGUGUGUGUGGCUUAAACCAACUUAAAAACAAGUGCCUGGCUAGCUAGCUUAGUGGUUUGCCGGCUAGCUAGAGCUUGAGGUCGGUCGGGUUUUAUAUCUCGACUUAAUUACUCUACUGAGGGAGCUAAUAAUCGAACCUUAUACCUCCAAGAAGCUCUAAGUUUUAAGGAAAAUAACUACUUGAGCUAUAUUAGCUGACAUGUGCUUUUAUAGUGUAUAUUCAAUAGUUAAACAUAUCAUAAUGGGGCAUGGCCCUCGCCAACACCCCUAAUUCCGCCCCUGAGCAGAACGAAGCACGACAAUAUACAUAUGAAUAAGAUCCGUAGUUAAGGAUCGAUGUAAUAGAAGUAUGUGUCAUGUGCAGUUACGUGUGCACGUGCAAGUUUGGUUGAUGAAUGAAUGAUUUAUUUGGUUAUUCCUAUGUUUAUGUACGUA